CAGAAACAGCAAAACACCAAAAAUCCGGGUAUGUAUUUGUCAUACAGUUAAAUAAUAUCAAUAAAUCGGUGAGUGCAUACUUUAGCCGUUAUUUAUCCGAUUGGGAGUAAAAAUUAAAGUGAAGAGGAUGAAGUGCUACAACAUUUCACUGAGUUAUUUGAGUUCCUUCAGUCAUAAAAACAAUAGUGUUCAUUGUUUUGGUGAUUACAUAAGCUUAAAGCUUAAAGUACACAAGCAACAUGCCAACACUAGUCGGAGCUAUUGAUGAGGGCACAUCUUCUGCUAGAUUUAUCCUAUUCGAAGCUGGUACAGCGAAUGUCGUGUGCUAUCAUCAAAUUGAAAUUCCGCAAAUAACACCUCAAGAAGGAUGGGUCGAACAAGAUCCAAUGCUCAUUCUAGAGGUCGUUCAGCGUUGCAUGGAAAUUACCAUCGAGAAACUGAUUAAAAUGAACGGUGACCCGAAGGACAUUGUUGCGGUUGGCGUUACAAAUCAACGAGAAACGACCAUUGUGUGGGACAAAACUACAGGCAAACCACUUCACAAUGCAAUCAUUUGGUUAGAUAUGCGUACAUCAAGCACCGUUGAUCGACUAUUGGAGAAGGUGCCGAACAAAGUGAAAAAUAAAAACUACCUGCAGCCGUUGUGUGGUCUGCCAUUGUCACCAUACUUUUCGGCAGUGAAACUGAAAUGGUUAAUGGAUAAUGUGCUGAGCGUACAACAGGCGAUUCAUAAUCAAACCUGUCUUUUCGGAACGGUUGAUUCAUGGCUACUGUGGAAUUUAACUGGAGGCGUAAACAAUGGUGUUCAUUGUACGGAUGUUACGAAUGCGAGUCGAACAAUGUUGAUGAACAUCGAAACAUUGCAAUGGGAUACGCAUCUGUGCAAUUUUUUCGGUGUCAGCAAGAAACUGCUACCGGAAAUUCGAUCGAGUUCCGAAGUAUAUGGCGUCUUUGCGGACGGAGUGCUCAAGGGAAUUCCAUUAUCGGGAUGUUUAGGCGAUCAACAAUCAGCAUUGGUGGGGCAACAGUGCUUGAGUCAAGGCCAAACGAAAGCUACGUACGGAACCGGUUGUUUCCUUUUAUACAAUACCGGAAAUGCCAGUGUGAAUUCGUCGCAUGGCCUUCUGACGACGGUUGCAUAUCAGCUGGGACCGGAAACGCCACCAGUCUACGCAUUGGAAGGAUCUGUUGCGAUUGCAGGGGCGGCAAUUAGAUGGCUUCAAGACAACAUCAACUUGAUUGAAAGCGUAAAGGAAAUCGAAGAAGUAACAAACAGCGUUGAGAACAGUGGUGAUGUGUAUUUCGUACCAGCAUUUAGUGGUCUCUAUGCACCAUAUUGGCAUCAAGAUGCUAGAGGUGUAAUUUGUGGCAUAACAGAAGACACCCAACGCGGACACAUUCUACGUGCAUCAUUUGAAGCAGUCUGCUUCCAAGUUCGUGACAUUCUCGAUGCUAUGAAGAAGGACUGUGGAAUUCCUCCGCAGAAGGUACAAGUAGAUGGUGGCAUGACAUCGAAUCAAUUGCUGAUGCAAUUGCAAUCUGACCUAAUUGGACUGGACGUAAUAAAGCCGGAAAUGGCCGAAUCAACGGCUUUGGGUGCCGCCAUGGUUGCCGGCAGAGCCGUUGGUAAAUGGGACAUGACAUUGCCGAUACCAUUGAAAUCGUCUUCCUUCAAAUCGACAAUCACCGACGACGAGCGAGAUAUGAGGUAUUCGAAGUGGAAAAUGGCAGUGGAGAGAUCACUCGGAUGGGAAAUUGCAACAACGUAGAUAUAGUUGAAUGGGGAAUGAGGGAAAUCAUUAAAGAGUUUUCAUUUUGAAA